AUGGACUAUCAAUUACUGGGACUAGUAAUCUGCCUGCUAGUAUGGGCAGUGUUGGCCAUAAGAAAAGAGCGUCGCCACCGCCGUGUGGAGGGGCUACGAGUGUUACCGCCGGGGCCAAGGCGGUGGCCGUUGGUGGGCAACAUCUUCCAACUGGGCUGGCCCCCCCACGAGUCAUUUGCGAGGCUGGCUCGCGAGCAUGGACCCAUCAUGACCCUGUGGCUCGGCUCGAUGCUUACCGUGGUGAUCUCUUCAGAGAAAGUGGCUCGCGACAUGUUUAGGAAUCAUGACGUCGUUUUGGCCGGAAGGAAAGUGUAUGAAUCAAUGACAGGGUCAUAUGGGACUGACGGUUCCCUCAUCAUGGCCCAAUAUGGGCCCAGCUGGCGGACGAUGCGGCGACUGUGCACCACCGAGUUCUUUGUCACAAGUCGGCUCGACGCCAUGCAAGGUGUACGUAGCCGGUGCAAUGAUAGAAUGGUGCAAUUCAUAAAGGAUGCCAGUGCGUCUGGAACCGUCGCCAUAGACGUGAGGAGGUUCUUCUUCUUGAUGUCUUUCAAUCUAAUAGGAAACCUCGUGUUUUCAAAAGAUCUCUUGGACCCCAACUCGGAGAAAGGAGGUGAAUUCUUCUACCACACCGAGAAAAUCAUGGAGUUGGUUGCAAAACCCAACGUUGCAGAUUUCUUACCGAUACUGCAGAGAUUCGAUCUGCAAGGAAUAAAGAGGGAAACUCAUUUCCACAUCAAACCGGUAUUCGAAAUCACCGGAGGGUUCAUCCGCGAGAGGAUGGAAGCCAGGGCCGGUGGUUGCGUGGAGGAGAAGAGCAGGGACUAUAUGGAUGUUCUCUUGGAGUUCAGAGGUGACGGUGCCGAGCAGCCACUCAGCUUUUCUUCAACAUCCAUUAAUACCACUAUUUUAGAGAUGUUCAUAGCAGGAACUGACACAACAACAACAACAUUGGAAUGGGCCAUGGCCGAGCUCCUCCACUACCCUAGGACACUGCAAAAACUCCAAGCCGAGCUAAGGACCGUUGUCAAACUAAACCAAAAACUAGAAGAAAAUCACAUUGAAAUUCUGCCUUACCUCAACGCAGUGAUCAAAGAAACCCUAAGGCUCCACCCACCUCUCCCAUUCUUGGUCCCUCACAGAGCCAUGGACUCCUGCGACAUGCUCGGCUACCACAUUCCGAAGGAAACCCAAAUCCUUGUCAAUGUUAGGGCAAUCGGACGGGACCCCGAAAUAUGGGAAACCCCUUUGGAGUUCAAGCCAGAGAGGUUUUUGGAGCCAAACAUUGUAGAUUAUAAGGGACACCAUUUUGAGUUCAUACCAUUUGGGUCUGGUCGGAGAAUGUGUCCCGCUGUUCCACUUGCUUCUAGGGUGUUGCCGAUGGCCUUGGGCUCAAUUUUGCUUGCAUUUGAUUGGAUUUUGGCAGAUAAAAUGGAUCACUUGGAGAUGGACAUGAGCGAACAAAUGGGGAUAACGCUGAGGAAGGCUAUUCUAUUGAAGGCGGUUGCAAUACCACAUAACGAGUAAUAAAAACUAAGAACAUCCGUUCUGUACAAGGUAGAGUGGAAGUAGGGCUGGAUGUGAUCAACGAUAAUUAAUUGUUUGGGACAAACAGAUCGGUAAAACAGCAGUAGCCACAUAUACGCUUCUCAA